AUAUUAAGGUUAUAUAUAGUUUAAUUCGUUAAAUAAGUUUUGAAGGAUUUUAGAGAGAUUUAUCACCGACUUGAUUUCGCCGUUGAGAAAUCAAGGAAAUUUUAUUCUUGGGCAAAGUCUCGGGCUAGCUGAUAAGUUGAAAGUUCUAUAUCGAAACUACCAGUCCCUGUCGGAUUGAACUGAAGUUUUUCUCGUUUCCAACUAUUUCUUUUGUAAUGUCAUCAGCCCAGCACUCCGCUGGAAAGCUUUUGAAAGGCAUUUCCUCUCUGAGGGAUCUGCGCUUUAUGAGCCAACUGGGUGACUUGGGCUCCGGGGCCGGCAAAGGAGGCGGAGGAGGUGGUGCUAUUCGCAGCGCAGGAGGAUCUCUUGGUAAAAAAGAGGCUGCCCAUGAGGAAGAGUAUUUUUACAAACAGCAAAAACAGCAAUUGGAAAAAUUGAAAAAUGCAUUGGACAGUGAGAUCACCUUCCAUGAAGAACAAGUCAAAAGGCACCAGGAGGCCAUCGACAGAUGUAAAAACCAGAUGGGAAACCUUGAGAAGAAAUAGACUUUUUUUUUUGUUUUCUUAAUUGAUUUGUAGUGUUAAUGCAAUUAAGUCAGGUCAUAAAUGACUAUUUUUGCUCUUUAUUCAUUCUUUUUGAAAUUGUUAAUUGCUAAUGUAAAAUAUGAUUGAAUAAAUACACUAGUAAUACA